CAAUUUUGCAUUAACUCUCAACAUUUAAUGCUUUCACCUACACACCCUCUCUCUUUUGAACUACACACUGCUUUACCACCUCCAAACAUUCAUUACCACCACCAUCGCCACCCACGAAACCAAGAUUCAACAACCGGAACCACCGGUUAUUUGGGUUUCCGGUAAGCUUUCGACUCUCUUCCUAUCAUAUCAAUCCGAUACCCUUUUUAGUUAUUAUUUCUGAUUAAAGUUUGAGCUUUUCUUAUUAUAUCGAUGUGGGUUUUUCUGGGUAAUCAUUUUCUUGUUUGCGUUUCGUGAUUUCUAAAAAGGAAUGUGGUGUUGUUUGACUUUUGUUGGUUGAUUGACGUAAGAUCUGAUGAAUUGAUGAAUUGUCGGGGUUCGAAGGCGUUGUCUGGUGGAAUUUGAUGAUAAUAUAUGUUCGAUUUUGUUUAUCGACUCAAGAUAUAUGGAUUUGGAGUUGUUUUCGUGGAUUUUAUGAUAAUUUAUGUUAAACUUUUGGAGGGAAUUCACAAUUGAUCAUAGUUUUAGUUUGACUUUUGCUUGUCAAGUGAAGAAAAUGAGGGUUUUGAGAUGUUUUUUUGACGAUUUAACGCUACAAACCCUACUGUUCAUGGUGGUUGCAUCGGAUUUAAACAGUUUAGCUACAGGACUUGGCUCAAUGUCGUCCAUUGCUAUAUCAUACGGUGAAUAUGGUUCAGCUUUUUGUGGUUUAAAAUCGGACGGUUCGCACCUUGUGACAUGUUACGGUUCGAACCUGGCUCUCACCGGUUCGAUCCCUUCGCUCACACGAUUCACUGGUUUAACUGCAGGCAACGGGUUCGUUUGUGGGCUUUUGACAAGCACCAACCAACCUUUCUGUUGGGGUGUGAGUGAUUUCAUAGCCAUGGGUUAUCCUAAACCCAUGGAUAAGUUUGUUGAGUUUGUUGAACUCAGCGCCGGAGACCACCAUCUAUGUGGUCUCCGGAAACCCUUAACAGGCAAUCGAAGGAAUAUUUCGAUUGUCGACUGUUGGGGUUAUAACAUGACAAAAAGUCACGUCUUUGAUGGGCCGGUUCAGUCAAUUUCAGCCGGGUCAGAGUUUAACUGUGGGUUGUUUUCAGAGAACCGGACCGCAUUUUGUUGGGGGGAUGAGACAAGUAGUGGGGUAAUUAGCCGUGUCCCGAGGAAUGUUCGGUUUAAGAAGAUUUCAGCAGGUGGCUAUCAUGUUUGUGGGAUAAUCGAAGCGAUUGAAUCAAAUGUUUCUUGUUGGGGGACAAGUUGGGAGACCCAACAGGAGAUCGCAGUCGAAUUGGCCGGACAGGGUCGAGGUCAAGUCAACUUUGACUUGACCCCACGCCACGCAGACCCUAUCCCGCCAAUUCCAAAGGGAGAAUUGGCGGGUCAAGGUCAAGUCAGUGUUGACUUGACCCCACCAGACGCAAUGCUUACCGUGGUUGGAGGACGGUUUCACGCGUGUGGGAUUAUCAGUUACAACCGCACAGUGGUGUGUUGGGGUUUUCGGGUUGCUAUGAGCACGGAACCCCCGAAGGGGGUUUCGGUCUACGAAAUCGCGGCUGGGGAUUACUUUUCUUGCGGUGUUGUGGCGGAUAAAUCGUUUUCUCCGGUGUGUUGGGGCGUGGGUUUUCCGGCGUAUUUGCCGAUAGCGGUUUCUCCGGUGGCAUGCCGGAUGAAUUGUGACAGCGGGUUUUACGCGUAUAACAACAGUAGUUCACCGUGUCCGUCUCCCGGAUCAAAAAUCUGUUUACCUUGUAGCCAGGAAUGUCCUUCUGAAAUGUAUAAAAAAUCUGAAUGCACAAAAGACGGGGACAGAAUUUGCGAGUAUAACUGCUUGAAUUGUACUUCAGUUGAGUGUUCUUCGAAUUGUUCAUAUUCCGAUAAGAAAACUGAAAGAUUUUGGUCACUACAGUUGCCGGUGAUUAUUGGGGAGAUUGUUUUUGGGGUUUUGUUAGUGAUUGUUGUAACAUUGACUGCUAUCUUUUACGUUCGUUACAAGUUAAGAAACUGUAAUUGCUCAAUGAAAGGAGUUAAAAUCGUAAAAAAUGGGUUUCAGAAAGAUGGAGGAAAGAUUCAGCCGGAUUUGGAGGAAUUGAAGAUCAGACGAGCUCGGGUUUUCAGUUACGAUGAACUGGAAAAAGCCACCGGUGGGUUUAUGGAAGAAUCACAGGUCGGAAAAGGGAGUUUCUCUUGUGUUUUCAAAGGAAUUUUGAAAGAUGGACUCGUUGUUGCUGUGAAACGAGCCAUUUUAUCACCUGAUAUGAAGAAGAAUUCAAUGGAGUUUCAUAACGAACUUGAUUUGUUAUCCAGAUUAAACCACGCCCAUUUGCUUAAUCUUCUUGGAUACUGUGAAGAAGGUGAACAGAGGUUAUUAGUUUACGAGUUCAUGGCUAAUGGAUCAUUGCAUCAACACCUCCAUGGAAACCCAAAGGUGUUGAAAUCACAGUUGGAUUGGGUGAAACGAGUUACAAUUGCUGUUCAAGCUGCUCGUGGAAUCGAGUAUUUGCACGGAUACGCAUGUCCACCGGUGAUUCACCGGGAUAUCAAAUCAUCGAACAUCUUAAUCGAUGAAGAACAUAACGCUCGAGUUGCAGAUUUUGGACUUUCAUUGUUAGGUCCAGCGAACAGUAGUUCCCCAUUGGCUGAGCUACCCGCCGGAACCCUGGGUUAUCUAGACCCAGAAUACUACCGACUUCAUUAUCUCACUACAAAAUCAGACGUUUAUAGCUUCGGUGUUUUGCUUCUUGAAAUCCUCAGUGGCCGGAAAGCAAUCGAUAUGCAAUUUGAAGAAGGAAACAUCGUCGAAUGGGCAGUCCCGUUGAUAAAAUCCGGCGAGAUCCACGCGAUUCUAGACCCCGCCCUAACGCCGCCGUCGGAUCCGGAAGCACUGAAAAGAAUCGCGAAUGUCGCGUGCAAAUGCGUGCGAAUGAGAGGGAAAGAACGGCCGUCGAUGGAUAAAGUGACAACUGCGUUAGAACGAGCUUUAGCGAUGUUGAUGGGAAGUCCGAGCAACGACCAACCGAUUUUACCUACAGAAGUUGUUUUAGGAAGCAGUCGGAUGCAUAAGAAAUCAUCUCAACGAUCGUCAAACCGAUCUGAACUCGAAGGUGACGUGGCGGCGGAGACGGAGGAUCAACGGAUCGAGUUCAGAGCUCCAUCGUGGAUUACGUUUCCGAGUGUGGCGUCGUCUCAGCGGCGGAAGUCGUCGGUUUCAGAGGCGGACGUGGUGGAUCCGAAGGUGUCGGAGAAUAAACAUUUGGGUUUGGGUGAUGGGUUGAGGAGUUUGGAAGAAGAGAUUGGGCCUGCUUCACCUCAAGAACAUGUGUUCUUACAGCAUAACUUUUGAUUAGUCCGUUAAUGGUGGAAAUCUGUGAAAAUUUUAAGAUUUUGUUUCAAUUUCGUUGAUGCAUUGAACAGAUCAUAUUGUUUCAAACUUUGAUGAUUGUAUAUUUGGUUUGCUGAAUCUGACGAAAUUCGAUCUAUUUGAUGAACAUUAUAGAA